CCGGGAGGAGGAGCGGUUCCGGGUCGCGCGUGCCGUGGUUGCCGUGGGGAUGAGCUCGCAGCGGGGCAACGUGGUGCGCAGGCGGCCGCAGCGCCACCAGAACGUCUGGGCCUUCAGCAACCAGCGGCACGACGACAGCCGCCGCCGCAAGAAAAUAAAUGCUAAGCUUCAUGAUGGAGUCUGUCAGCAUUGUAAAGAUAUUUUGGAGUGGCGGGUAAAAUUCAACAAGUACAAACUACUAUCAAAACCUAAAAAAUGUGUGAAGUGCCUCCAGAAGGCUGUAAAAGAUCCUUACCAUAUUAUUUGUCGACCAUGUGCUUGUAAGCUGGAAAUUUGUGCCAAAUGUGGAAAGGAAGAAGAGAUUGUAAUUCCGAUUGAUAAAGGACAAGACAGAACUGAGAGUAAGACUGCUGAAAAUGGCCAAGAGAGUGGAUCAGAGGAUGGACCUGAUUUUGACACAAACUUCAGUAGUACAGACAAUGAAGAAGAUGCUGAUGUGCUUGAAGAAAGAUUUAAAAAUAUGAAUUUUAAAAGGACAGAGGUCUAAAAAGUUGAGUUUCUAUAAGAGACUGCAUGCAACCAAAUGUGAUAGACUGUGUUUGCCAUAAACUUCUGCUCUGACAACCUUGUUUGACAUGUAAGGUCUUCACAUAUAAAUGCUGGUGCAGUAUAUUUUGACAGUUAUUGGGGAAGUUGUACAAAUAAAUAUUUUCUUGUAUUAAAGACAGAACUCCUUGUGAAAAUACUCAGAAUUUGAAUAUUUUAAGUACAGUGGUUUUUUUUUUUGCUUAUAUGUAACAACUUCUUCUCAUGAAUAAACCCUCUGUUCUAAAUUCAGUA